GUUCUAGAAGACACUUUGAAAAGAAUUCAUCUUUUCGAUGUCUGGAAUAAAAGUUGAAUUUGCCUUGUUGGCAUUUCUUCUGGCUUGUGUCUUAAAUUGUUUGGCUCAUGAGCCGGUAUUCUCUGUGAUUGGGCCGAACGUCAUUCGACCAACCGAACCUUACAGAUUUUCUGUAUCAGCCAAUGCGUUAAGCAAGAAUCUUAUUAAAUAUUCAUGUAAAACUUUCUGGCACUUUAAACAACGAUGACCACGUUGAAUAUAACAUUAAUGAUAUCAAGCUUAAAUCUGGAAUGAUUAAAGAUUUAGAUUUCAAAGUUGAUGGCUUUGAACCUGGAACUUACUAUUUGACCAUAAAAGCAUUCGACCGUUCAAUGAAACGUUGGUAUGAAAAUAUGCAAUCUCUUGAAUAUUUCUCUAAACAAUAUUCAGCGUUCAUCACAACUGAUAAACCAUUAUAUAAAGCGGGAGAUUUAGUAAAUUUCAGAGUGUUUUCAAUCAAUUCUGAAGCUCAACCAUUUGAUCUAAUGGGAGCUAAACUUACAAUCAGUGAUCCUCAAAAUAUAAAAAUAAAAGUUUUUGAUGACGUUAACUUUGUCAAUGGAAUGUUCGAGGAGUCUUUCAAGCUUAGCGAAGGUACAAAUUUGGGUACUUGGAGCAUCAAGCUCGAAGCUAUGAACUAUUUGCGACGUUGCUUCUACAAAAUUAUGAGCAAAGGAAUUUUGAUUGAAAGCGAUUCAAUUAAAUUCAGAAAUAACAAAGCAAUGUUAAAGUUUACUCCAAACUUUAGUUAUGCACCAUACAGCGACAUCAUUUUUUUCUUCUACGAACAUGACGGAUUCAUAACAACAAGAACUGUCAGAAUAGAUUUUACAGAUAAACUGCCUAACUACCUCAAUCUUGAACUUUCGUCUUCAAAUGUUGAACCGGGAAAUGAGGUUUCACUCAAAAUUCAAAAGUUUGUUCUUCCAACAUUUUCCAUCGAUGUUGAUCAUGCAGAUCAAGUCGCAAUUUCUGACUCAUCUUUCCCAGUAAAAAUAACAGCUGAAUAUACAUUUGGGGGAGCAACAGAAGGCAGUGCUGAAGUUAUAUUUACAUACAGCACAUAUGUUAGUCGCGUAGGCUACCAAAAUGUUGAAAUUCGAAAGACUGUUUCUGUAUCAGGCAAUGGUGGUACUCUUGAAGUUGACAUAGCGAAUGAUCUAGGCAUUGAAGAUAAUAAAUUUGUCAACGUGGAAGUUAUCUUUACAGAUGCAGUGUCAGGAAAAACGUCAACUGUGACUUCAUCAAUUAAUUUUGUGCAAUUUGCUUAUAAUGCUAUUUUCAAUGGAGAUCAAACUUUUGUCGAGAACUCACCUUACGAAUUUUCAAUUACUUUGCGGAAGUUUGACGGAACAACAGCACCACAAGGAACAUCUGUUCAAGUAGAUAUCGCUUCAAACUGCUUUAAUAGGGAAAAUGAAAAUUGUGAAGUAAAAACUAUCAUCAGCUCGCAAUAUUCUCUUGAUUCAACUGGCUCUGUUUCUAUAGAAUUUAAUCCAGAGUUUGCAGAUCAAGUUUCCAUUCAGACGUCAUCAAGACUUUCCUAUAGAAGCUACAACACAAUUCGACCACAAACCUCAAAUCAACCUUCAGGAAAAUUGGAUGUAGAAGUCCUUACAGAGAACCCUACGAUUGGAUCUCGCGUGAAAAUACAAGUGACAACUUCAGAAGACUAUUUGCGACGUUGCUUCUACAAAAUUAUGAGCAAAGGAAUUUUGAUUGAAAGCGAUUCAAUUAAAUUCAGAAAUAACAAAGCAAUGUUAAAGUUUACUCCAAACUUUAGUUAUGCACCAUACAGCGACAUCAUUUUUUUCUUCUACGAACAUGACGGAUUCAUAACAACAAGAACUGUCAGAAUAGAUUUUACAGAUAAACUGCCUAACUACCUCAAUCUUGAACUUUCGUCUUCAAAUGUUGAACCGGGAAAUGAGGUUUCACUCAAAAUUCAAAGUGCUCGAAGAUCAACAGUUUCAUUAAUGGCAAUUGAUCAGCGUGUUUUACUUCUGCAAACUGGAAAUGAUAUUGAAAAGAAUGAAGUUUUCAAUUUAUUAAAUGCAUAUAACCAAAGAAACUUUGGGUUUGACGAGCCUUGGGAUAGAGGGUGGGGGUGGUGGGGACAACCUCAAGAUAUUAGAAACUUCAACAACAUAAAUAUGUUCUUAUUGAAAGUUUUUCUUGACUAUCCUGGAAGAACAACAACCACAACUGAAUUUCCGUUUCCUUAUUAUGCAAGAGCAGAAGAUGGUGCUAAUGCUGGUGGAGGUGGUGGUGGUGAACCUGGGCCUCCAGAGGCCUCGUCUUCUCCCAGAGUUAGGAAAAACUUUGAAGAAGCUUUCCUAUGGCAAAAUGUUGAGAUUAACAGAAGGCAAAAUCCCAGAAAUAGGAGACAAAGGAAUCGAGGAGAAGAAAUCAUUAAAUUUACACCACCAGAUACAAUUACAAAGUUCAUUAUUAGUGGAGUUUCCAUGAAUAGUAAAUUUGGUUUGGGUCUUCCUGAUGUCAAGCCUGAACUUACUGUUUUCUUGCCAUUCUUCAUUCAAUUAAACUUACCUCAUCAUAUUAAAAGGGGAGAAAUUCUGGAGCAAGACAUUCUUAUAUUCAACUAUUUAACUAAUGAUCAGGAUGUGGUCGUCUCUGUCAGUCCUGAAGCUGAUAAAUAUUCUCAAGUGUUUACUUCAACAUCUGGAAAUAUAAAAGUCUUGCGAAUAGUCAUCAAACCAAAGAUUAUUGGUUUCAUUGAUAUCAGUGUAACAGCUAUCGGAUCUUUAGCUGGCGAUAGUGUUGUGAAACCUCUGAAAGUUAUUCCCGAAGGAAUCCCAAAAUCCAUUACACAUUCAGUUUUGAUAUUGAAGGAAAAUUCUGAUACAACUUUUUAUCAAUCAUUGACUUGUGUUCUUCCACCAACAGCUGUAGACGAUACGACAUCAGCUACAGCAACAGUUGUUGGGGAUUUAUUAGGGGAUGUAUUGGAUAAUUUGGAUGGGUUAAUUCAAAUGUCAUAUGGUUGUGGAGAGCAAAAUUUGCUUAACUUGGUUCCCACCAUAGUGACUACCGUAUAUCUUGAAUCAACAGGGCAAUUAAGUGAUGAACUAAGAGGCAAAUCAAUUUCUUUCAUGGAGAAUGGUUAUCAAAGACAAUUGACCUUCCAGAGAACUGAUGGUUCUUUCUCAGCUUUUGGAAAUUCUGAUAAUGUAGGAAGCACGUGGCUGACAGCGUAUACUGUGAAGUCGUUCCGACAAGCGAAACCUUACAUCACUAUUGAUCCUGAUGUGAUAACAAGAGGAUUGAAUUUCAUACUUUCGAAACAAGAUACAGAAGUAGGAAGUGAAGAAGAAGGAAGCUUCAGAGAAGAUGGAAAUGUUAUUCACAAGGAUAUGCAAGGAGGAUCAAGUGGAAAACUAGCUAUGACUGCUUACAUUUCAAUCGUUUUAUCGGAAUUUUUAAAUGAUCCUGAAUAUGCAAAUGAACAUGCUGCCUACUUAGUAGCAAGAGAUAAAACAUUUGCAUAUAUUUAUAAUCAAAUUAUUUCUGCUGAAUCCGUUGAAACAUACACCUUAGCGAUUUCAAGCUAUGCUUUACUUUUUGCAGAUCCUAAUGAUCCUAAUUAUGUAAAUUAUUUGACGGUUUACAACGAACUUUUAAAUAGAAAAAUUGAAACAGCCGAGCAAAUAUAUUGGAGUGAACCUGCAGCCGCUAAUGAAGGAGAUGCUUGGUGGUAUAAUUCGCAACCUCGCUCGAAGGAUAUUGAGAUGACAGGUUAUGGAUUAAGCGCCGUCUUGCAAUUGAAUGAUCUUGUUACAGGUGUUAAAAUUGUUGAUUAUCUCACUUCUCAAAAGAAUUCUUUUGGUGGAUAUGGCUCCAGUCAAGAUACUGUCGUGGCAUUGGGAGCUUUAUCAGCAUUUGCUAUCGCAUUCCAAGCAGAAGCUGGAACUUUGAGUAUUGAGUUGAAUCCAGAUAAUGGAUCACCGUUCAAUGUUGUAGUAAACCCAGAUAAUUUGUUAUCAGUUCAGUCAUUUGAUUUAGAUCCCUACGCUCGUCAAUUGGAUGUUUCUGUUGGUCAAGGAUCAACUGGAACUGCAAUUGUAUCGCUGACAUGCAAUUUCUACGAAGUUCAAGCAGAAGCUUCUCCAAGAUUCCGAAUUACCCAUGAGCUCGUAAAUUCAUGCACAAAUUUCUUGCGAUCAUACAUUUGUUUGAAUGGUGAUGAAGUUUCUAACAUGGCUCUUAUGAAAAUGACUUUGCCUUCUGGUUAUACUUAUGAUUCUGACACCGAAAUAGAUCCUGUCAUAAUAAGAAAAUUAGAGCAGAGUGAUGGAGGAACAACAGUCAACGUGUAUCUUGAUAGUUUAUCUGAAAAGUCAACUUGUUUCUACAUCGAUUCAAUUAAGACAAGUAAUGUUGGAAACUUGAAAGACGCCACAAUAGAAUGCAACGAUUAUUAUCUCUCAACUAAAAGAGGCCAAAUUUUAUAUAACAUUCCAAUUGACGUUCCACAAAAUCAAUGUAAUGGUGGAAGGCCGAAUAAAAUUUGAGAUGAUCAACCAUGGAAAACGAACGCCCAGUCUCUAAAUUUGAUUGAGACUUUUCUUCACUUACCUUCUAUCCUUUUUUUUACAAAAUUAACUUCUUUCACUUUUUACUACUACAGUUUUAUGCAACUCUAAAUUCAAAACUAAAAAAUUUCAAUUUUUCCCUGUAAAUGAUUAAAUUUGUUACUUUUCGGAUAAAAAUAAAAUAUUUCAGAAGCAUUUAAAA